AUGCCUGGAUACCACACCUUGAUUAAAGGCCAUGCGGUUCUGGCAGUAAUAACCUUCCUCUUCAUCGUCCCAGCCGCCAUAUUUACAGCCCGAUUUUACGGACGAUCACCUCGCUGGGCGCUAAGAUUCCAUAUCUAUCUACAAGUGUUAACCGUGGGUCUUAGCACUGUGAUAUUUACGCUCGGCUGGUUCGCCGUUGGUCAAAACCGCAGUCUUACGAAUCCGCAUCAUGGAAUCGGUCUCGCCAUCUAUGUGUUAAUACUGGUCCAGGCUAUAGGAGGAGGUUGCAUUCACAGAAGAGAGAAGAAGAGGGCUAGGAGGAAGGUCCCUAUAAUCUUGGUUUUGCAUCAAUGGGUUGGACGAGCAAUUGCCCUGUUGGCCAUUGCGCAAGUCCCGCUGGGAUUGACGCUUUAUGGGAGCCCCAAGUGGACUUUCAUCUUGUAUACGCUCUGGAUGGUAUUCCUGGUGGUAUUAUGGUUCGUGCUUAGCUACAAGGCGAUGGUUCCAUUUGAUGGAAUGAUGGAAAGUAGUCAUGGUGGCACAGUGAUCGAAGAUCGAAAGUCGAGUCGAUUUGGGGGGCUUCUCCCUCUAGCAGCAGGCGCAGGAGCCGCGGCUUUGCUGGCUGGGCGUCACAGGGAUCGAAGCAGAAGCCGGAGUAGGAGCAGGCGGGAUGAGGUGGUGCCAAGUCGGAGAGGAAGUGGAAGUUAUAUUGAGGAUGAGAAAUAUAACAAUCACCGACGAAAAGAGAGUGGCGGUAUGAUGGACACUGUGUUGAAAGGGGCAGCCGUUCUUGGGGUCGGUGCUUUGGCAAAGAGUUGGUUCGACAAGAGGAAGGAUAGGAAGCAUGAAGACGAGUAUUCUUCCGUGGCGCCAGACACACCUUCACGCCGCCAUAGACGACAUGACGAGAGCGUCAUCAGUGAUGACACCAGAUUGGAAGAGGGUCGACGACCUCGAACUCCGACUUUACCUGGUCCCGGAGGCCCUCUCGCAGGCGCUUCUGCUAUGAGCGCUGGUGGACCCGGACCUGUGACACCUGGACGAGCUCACCGGCACUCGCGAAGCUCCAGCUAUAGUUCUUCGUACGAUUCCACUCAACUUUCUCCAUCUCGUCGUCCACAGUCCCAGCAUGGCGUGGCGAAGGGCGUUAUGGCUGGCCUCGGCCUGGGUUGGAUUGCUAAGAAAAUGAACGACCGUAAACACAAAAAAGAACAGGAUCGUCUUGACCGACUUGAGGACGAGAGAAUUGAAGAAGAGCGUCGCGCGCGCCAUGGGGCAGCACCUGGUGGCCCACGAUUCACUGGCGACGGUUUCCCUACUGGUCGUCGCCACGGCCGGCGAGGUGAACACACAGAGUCAUCAGACCUGUCAUCUAUUCUUGAUGAUCCACAUACGAUUCGGCCAGGCUCUUCAAUCCCACCAGUUCCUCCGGCAUUUGCGGCGGGAGGUGCAGCAGGCGCUACUAUACCACCAUCCGGAUCAAGGCACGAUAUAACUGACUCUGUGGCUAUGCCUCCACAUCCCCCUGACCCGCAAGGCAUCUUACACCAAAGUGAAUCAGGCACUGAAUCAUUCUUGUCCCAGGGCGGACAUCCACACCGUCGACCUUCACAAAGUCGACGGCGAGCGGGUGAAGCUGCUGCUGCAGAAGCAGCAGCAGCAGCGGCUGGACUAGCAGCCGAAGAAGAGGCAAGGAGGCAGAGGAGUAGGAGUCGAGCUCGAUCAUCCGCCGCGGCAGACCCCGUGAGUCUAAAGCUAAAAGUACAUAACGACAAGGACCGGAACGUAACAUUGAGACGUCUUACGGAACAAGAAGCAGCAGCAGAACGAGAAGCAAGAAAGGCCCAGAAAGAGAGGAGGCGGAGAGCAGAUAGUCUCAGUAGUUUGAGUGGGAGUGAGGUCCCUGCUCCAAGGCCGCGAUACCGAAGGUCCGAACGGGAAGCAGAGAGGAGAGCAGAAGCCGGUGCUUCUACUGAUGCACCACCUCCUCCAAUGGCGCCCCUGAGCCCUCCCCAUCCCGCAUUCGCAGGUGGUAGGAAACCAAAGGAUAGCGCAUACUAUAGUGGUAGGCCAGGAGACUCGUCCGCACUGGGCGCCGGUACUGGGAGUAUAGGAAGUCCUGAAAGCCACGGCACCUGGAGUGGCAUGAGUCCUGGGAGUGUGAGUGAGGAUCCUGCUGAGCGACGGCGGCGGAGGAGGCUGGAAAGGAAUAGGCAGGGUAGUGGGCCACCUACAACUAUGGAUUUUACGUGA